AGAUAUUUCCAUAAUAUAAGAGGCUGGGAGGGGAUUUUGGAUAAAAAAAAAAUAUGAAGAUUUUAGGUAAACAGACAAUGGCAGUGGCAGCCAUGGCAGUGUCUAAGCUCUGCUACUCAAACUCCCCGAAUCGAGACCUUUUGGUAAAGCCCACAAAAAAGAAUCUCAUGGGUUCUCCAAAGUUCUUCCUCAACGCCCCAAAUCUCUCAUCAAAUGCGACGAGAAGGGUAUCUUCUCCAAUCCAAGCCUCCAAUUCUCCAGAAGAAAGUUCGAGCACAAAUAACAGCAAUGGCAUCUCUCAGGAGGACUUGAAGUAUUUGUGGAAACUAGGAGGUGGUUCUGUUGCUGGUGCAGCUCUAAUAAAAUAUGGAAGCAUCAUUUUUCCUGAAAUAACAAAACCCAAUAUCCUCCUAGCUUUGACAAUGGUAUUAACUCCUGUAAUUCUUGCCAUUGUGAUUUUGAUCAACAAAAGUCGUAAACAGUGAUUGCAUCUCAUUGUCUUUUGUAUAGGUAACAGAAAUAUCAUGUGAAACAUUUCUGCUGAUUAGUUUGUAAGUUAAUAUUUUCAUUCAUAAUGGGAAAAUUUUGCAAAUA